GACUUAAGAUAUUUGUGUUGAAAGUAGAAUACGCCUAAUAUCCACAAAAAACCAUUUUCCAACGGAACUUGAUCUCAACUUUCCAGACGCUCACUCUGAUCAUGAGUUUAUGCUUCUGCUCCAAUUUGAAACCAUCCAUUCUAUUUCCGGACUCCGAUUUGCGAUGGAAUCCAACCCGUACCCGACCCGUUUCAUUCACUAAGCUAAGGCAAACCAAUUACAGUUUCAUUAAGGCCGUCGGAGAAGAAAUCGGAGUGCUAUCGCCGGACGACAGCUUUUCGCUGCGUAAUCCCGUAAUUGAAGAGGAAACACCACCGGAGACUGAGGUUCAUGAAGUAGAAAAUGAAGUUGCUGCUAGUGUUGUGGAUGAAGAUAAAGCUCAAAGUUGGAUUAAAAAGAGUGAGAACAAGGACCAACAAGUGGAUGAGCUAGAUGAAAAUUCUAGUAGAUUCAAGUUACUUAACGGAAAAGAGGUUUUUGAAGAGAAAGCCUACCUAGUGGGUGUUUCAUGCAGAGGUGAUACAGAAGAUUCAUUUGGUAUAGAGGAAUCACUCAAGGAAUUGGCCCAGCUGGCUGAUACUGCUGGACUACUGGUUGUUGAUUCUACAUAUCAGAAGCUAUCUUCUCCUAAUCCGAGGACUUACAUAGGGUCCGGAAAGGUUGCAGAGAUCAAAACUGCUAUUCGUGCAUUUGAUGUUGAGACCGUGAUAUUUGAUGAUGAACUUUCUCCAGGACAAUUGCGUAAUCUGGAAAAGGCUUUUGGUGGGGAUGUCAGAGUGUGUGAUCGCACUGCUCUCAUCCUGGAUAUUUUCAACCAGCGAGCGGCAACCCGUGAAGCGUCUUUACAGGUAUCAUUGGCACAAAUGGAAUACCAAUUACCACGGCUAACCCGUAUGUGGACUCAUCUUGAGCGUCAAGCUGGAGGACAGGUCAAGGGUAUGGGUGAAAAACAAAUUGAAGUAGACAAGAGAAUUUUACGUACUCAGAUUGGUGUACUCAAGAAAGAGUUAGAAUCUGUUCGGAAGCAUCGCAAACAGUAUAGGAACCGUCGUGUCUCUGUACCUGUCCCUGUUGUAUCUUUGGUUGGAUACACAAAUGCUGGCAAAAGUACACUUCUUAACCGGUUGACUGGGGCCGAUGUUCUUGCAGAAGACCGAUUAUUCGCAACACUUGAUCCUACUACCAGAAGGGUGCAGAUGAAGAAUGGGAAGGAAUUUCUGCUUACAGAUACUGUUGGCUUCAUCCAAAAAUUACCAACCACUCUGGUUGCAGCCUUUAGGGCAACACUCGAAGAAAUCGCAGAGUCUUCAAUUUUAGUGCAUGUGGUGGACAUCAGUCAUCCACUAGCGGAGCUACAGAUAGAAGCUGUGGAGAAAGUUCUCUCAGAACUGGAUGCAGUAUCAAUUCCGAAGUUGAUGGUGUGGAACAAGGUUGAUAAAGCUAGGGACCCUGAGAAAAUCAAGUUGGAAGCCAAGACAAAAAACGAUGUGGUCUGCGUUUCUGCUUUAACUGGUGAAGGUUUGGAUGAAUUCUGCAACGAAAUCCAGAAUAGACUAAAGGAUACAAUGGUAUGGGUGGAAGCUUUGAUUCCAUUCGAUAAAGGGGAACUCCUCAGUACCAUACAUCAUGUUGGAAUGGUUGAGAGAACUGAAUACACUGAGAAAGGAACUCUGGUUAGAGCACAUGUUCCCCUCCGAUUUGCAAGGCUUCUAACUCCAAUGAGGCAAAUGUGUGUAUCAUAAUUGCUUCAUGUCACCAAAAUACAUAUUCUUGAAGGGUUAAACAAGCGCACGAGUAUGGCCAGCGUAAAUUAAAGCUUAUGUAGAUUGUAUUGAAACUCCAGCGCAAGGGUCUCCAGAUUGUGGCGUCUGAAAAAUAUGCAUAACAGCUCAGCACUAAACAGGAAUUACUACAAGUCAUCUAUUCUCCUCGCAUCAGCAGUCCGUUGACUGAAGAAAAACUGCAAUCUUGUUCAAAGGAAUUUAUGCUAGACCGGUGUCCAUUCUGUGUUCUGGUCUCACUAACUGCUGCUUCUGUACAUAGAAAUAUAUCAUCACAGACUCACAUGUAACUGCUUUCGAAGAAGGUUCCUUCUCCCCGUUGUACAAAUUGACCAACUAUUCCUAAAAAGUUGAUCGCGUGAUGCGUGCAGUUUGACCUGGUUUUUCUUUAUAAA